GUCGAGAAGUUCUUUUUGCUUCUUAUAGACAAAAAUCUCUCCGUACCCGUUCCGAUUCUGCCGAUCCGCCGCCCCCCCCCUCCCGCUGCUCCGAGACGGGGCGGGCGGGGGGCCCGAGGCUGCCGCUCCUCGUCCUGGCCCGCCUCGCGGCCCGGGCGCCGUCCCAGUCGCUGUUCGACCUGAGCUACAUGACUAACUUUCCACCUGGUUGCUUUUACACUGGCAUGGAGAUGUCGGACCAGAUGACGGGCAUGAAUAGCACCAGGUCGACGUCAUCGACAGAGAGCUUGAAGCAGUGCCAGCUGCUCGCGCAGCAGACGCCCGGGGCGGAGCACUUCACGUACUACCCCUUCACCGGCGAGUGCAACUUCGCCAGCCUGGCCGCGCAGAUGACUCCGUACAAGCAGAAAGGGGUCUCCAUCGCCGGCUACACCAACUGCCCCACCCAGG